AGAAAGGUUCUAUAUAGCACCAAGAAGGGUUCUGCUACUGUUAUGAUGCCAAGCUUAUAACAGCAGCAGCAGCAAUAGGAAUCACAUAUAGAGAACCAUACAAUCUGGAGAACCCUUUGAAGAACCAGUUCACUAUUUCAAGACUGGUGUUUGGCUCCCUCUUGUGUUGAAUAGCCUGAACUGCACCUGCAGUCACAUUUAUUACUUGGUUUUAUCUACGUUUUUAGCAGCAUUCUCGGCGACCUUUGGUCGGCAAAUAUUAACACGACCGGACACCGAGUUAAAUCGAUUUUUUUAGCCAGUGUCCAGCUUGUUUUUUGAUGUUUUAACCGUGUUUAUUUGUCGAGUCUGCGCAGUCGGUCAGUCAGCAGUGACGCAGCGCCUCAGAAACCAAAACAGAGCAGAAUGGCUCCUCGGCGGUCGCUAACAAGCUAACUAACGGCAACGGUUCGCCUCCUUUAUUCCGGGUUUUCUCAACCGGCCGUUCCUGACCUUUCGGGCGGUCAACGGGCCUGUAUUCCUGAGAUAACGACCGUGAGAAAACCGCGCUGUCAUGAGCUCGUCGGACCCGUUUGCCGAAGUGGAGCGGCCGCGACACCGGCCCUUCCUCAUCGGGGUCAGCGGGGGAACCGCCAGCGGGAAGUCCACAGUGUGUGCCAAGAUCAUGGAGCUGCUGGGCCAGAACAAGGUGGACCACCGGCAGAGGAAGGUGGUCAUCGUGAGCCAGGACAGCUUCUACCGAGUGCUGACCGCCGAGCAGAAAGCCAAAGCUCUCAAGGGCCAGUAUAACUUUGACCACCCAGAUGCGUUUGAUACGGAGCUGAUGUGUCAGACUCUGAAGGACAUUGUGGAGGGGAAGGUGGUGGAGGUUCCCACGUAUGACUUCGUCACUCAUUCCAGGCUGCAGGAGAAGAUCCGCGUGUAUCCUGCAGAUGUUGUUCUGUUUGAGGGGAUCCUGGUGUUCUACACUCAGGAGGUCCGAGACAUGUUCCACAUGAAACUGUUUGUUGAUACGGACUCAGACGUGCGUCUGUCACGCAGAGUUCUGAGGGACAUGAGGAGAGGUCGUGACCUGGAGCAGAUCCUUACGCAGUACACCACCUUUGUUAAACCUGCCUUUGAGGAAUUCUGCCUACCAACCAAGAAAUAUGCAGAUGUGAUUAUUCCUCGCGGAGUGGACAACAUGGUGGCGAUAAACCUCAUCGUGCAGCACAUCCAGGACAUCCUGAGCGGUGAUAUCUGCAAGUGGCAGAGAGGGGCUGUUAAUGGACACACCCACGGGCGGAGCUUAAAGAGGGGCGUUCCCGAUCAAGUGGAGAACGACAGCGUUGUGGCAGCCAUGCCAAUAAAGCGCCCCCUGCUGGAGCCCAGCACACGGCCACAUUAACUAACGCACACAGGGAGGAGAAGGUGGAUGUGUUAAAACUUGAAGAGCUGUAAACAUCUGUGCAUGCUUCCAACAAACACACACACACAUAUAUAUAUAUAUAUAUAUAUAUAUAUACAAAUACACAAAAACACACACAUAUACACAUACACACAAAUACACAAAAACACAUACACACACACAAAAACACAAAUACACACACAGUACAGAGUCGCACCUUAUCUAUUACUCACAGGUCUGUCAUGUGAUUUAGGAGGAAGUCUAGCCUUUUCUUUGCUGUGUCAACUGAGUCUUCAGGUGUUUUGGUACCAUUUUGUAAAAACUGCCUGAAUCUGCUGAACCAGGUUCGGUUCUUUAAAGGCCUGAGGAACUCACUGGAUCAGCACCACGGAUGUGAACUGGACACAGAUUCCCCAGAAAGGCAGAAGCAGCUGCACUUCAUUAGAAACCUCUGCUUUGUAUUGCGCUCUCUCCACUCUGAGCGCCACCUACGUGAUACACAAUUAGAAAGAUGGUUAUAGAUGGUUCUGUUUAGAACCUUGAGUUCUCUGUAGAACCAUUCCAUGCUUAAACUCUUCUACGCAUUGUGAAAUGGUGCUUCGGAUUGAUGGUGAACGUGUUGUAUAGGGUUCUGUAUAGCACCAAAAACAGUUAUUGUUAUAAACAUGAUGUAACAAUAGCAGAACCCUUGUUGAACAGUUACUAUUGUUACUAUUGUUUGUUUUUCAAAAAGGUUCUGUAUAGAACCAUAAGCAACAGAUUCUCCAAUCUGAAGAACCAUUUCACCCAUGAAAAAAACUGUUUAAGCACAUUCUUAUAAAGGAUGGUUCUUUAAGGGUUCUUUAGGGAACGAAAGAAAAAAAGUAGUUCUACGUAGACGUGUGAAUACUCAAAGACCCUGUGGGUGACUUACGGGUUCUUUGCAUUGUCAGAUGUUUCUUCAGACUGAUGGAGAACAUGCUGUAGAUAGAACUUGUUUGAAAAGGGUUCUUCUAUUGUAACAAGCUUGACAUCGUAACAACAGAAGAACCAUUUUGGGUGCUAUAUAGCACCCUUAUCAAAAAGGACCAUCUACAUCAAUCUGAAGAACCAUUUAAGCUUUAAGCUUGAAAUGGUUCCAAACAGAGCCAUUGCAUUUACUGAAGAAGCGUUAAAGAACCCUUUUUUUUUUAAAUAGGUGUAGUUACAAACUGUAGUUGCUGCAGUUGGUCAGUCUCUGACCACAAGAGCUUGAAGGGAGGGGUUUCUAAUAAAAUGGCCAGGAAGCUUGAUCCCAGAAUCACGUAGCACAAGUUGGUCAGCGGUUCUGCGUUUUCUAUGAAGGCGUCGCUGUAGAACAGCAGCCGUCACCUCAUCACUCAGGAAUCACCGGAGUGGCUCUCAAAGCACCAACAGACAACAUCGAUGCCCCAUUACGGUCGUCCUGCCGAGCUGGACUGCGUUUUGGGGAAACCGGGCCUCAAAAAGUUCCGACAGUUAAUGAGGGAAAUGGUUUUGCCUUCUGAAAGCAGCUCUGACCUGUUCUACCAGUCCUACCAUGAAACACGGAACUGCCUUAAAGCACGUUUCUGAGAAAUGUCUCGAUGUAUUGUGACCAUAUUUAAUGAUAUUAAUCUAUUGCUCCAAUCACCGUUAAUAUUCAUGUGCAUUUCUGUUUUCUACUGUCAGAUUAUUUGUAUCCGUCAGUCCUAAAUUCCCAUUAAAUGUCUGUUGGCUCUUAUAAAUGCGAACGCUUUACAAACGGUUCAGCACCGGUCGUUCGUUUCCUUCAUGUCGGACUUUAAACAAUAUUAAAUGUUAACAUUCA